AUGUUAGAAAUUAACGUUAAAGAUAUAACAAAAAAUAAAAGAUCUGCAAAAAAUCAAAUUCAGGAAAAUGAUGAUUUCAAAACAGCUAGAGAAGCAAUCAAGACUUUUAAACCUUCUUUGAUCAAUUCUAACAUAACCAAUAAACCUUUAGAUCACCAACUUCAUCAUAAUACAUUAGAAAUUUCCAUAUAG